AUGCACCAGUACCAGUCCUGCCCUGGGGCUGGUGAUGGUCACCUCAAACACCAGAACUUUGGCUCCUCCAGCCAAGGUUGCUGCUUCCCAAAGGGGGUCCCAGCACACUGGGUACCUCAGCACAAGGUCACUGCUCACGCUGCCACUUCCCCUUGUGUUCCACAGAUCCUUCCCGGCCUCUACCUUGGGAACUUUGUCGAUGCCAAAGACCUGGAGCAGCUAAGCCGGAACAAGAUCACCCACAUCGUUUCGAUCCAUGAAUCCCCCCAGCCCCUGCUGAAGGAUAUUACCUACCUCCGCAUCCCCCUGCCUGACACCCCUGAGGCCAACAUCAAGAGGCACUUCAAGGAAUGCAUCAGUUUUAUCCACCAGUGUCGCCUGCAUGGAGGGAACUGCCUCGUCCACUGCCUCGCUGGCAUCUCCCGCAGUACCACCGUGGUCGUUGCGUACGUCAUGGUCGUCACGGAGCUGAGCUGCCAGGAGGUGCUGGAUGCCAUCAGAACCAUCCGGCCCGUCGCCAACCCCAACCCUGGCUUCAGGCAGCAGCUGUCUGAGUUUGGUGGCAGCGCAGCCCGCAAGGUCCGCAGGCACCUGAAGCAGAGGUAUGGGACAUCCCCUUUCAAUGAUGAGGAAGAAAUAAAGGCCUUGCUGCCAGCAGGGAGAGAAGGAACAUCCAGGACAGAGGGAGCUCAGCAAGGACUGGUCCCAAGAGCCAGAGACAUCAGAAGCACAAGUCCCUUCCUGCUGCGGGUGAAGAGGACGUUCUCCUGCAUCCCAGCUUGUCUGAAGUGACCCCAGCCAAGGGAGAGCAGCGAGAAUCACCCAACAGCCUGGGAGAGAUGAAGGACACAACACAGUGGGAUGAGGAGCGCUGGGCAGGGACCUGCACCAAACCCAUCUCCUUCUUCUCUUCUGGGCUGGGAGCAUGCCACACUCUGUGUGGGUGGGAUUCCUGGGCACUGCUGGACUUUGCAGCACAUGCUGGGCUCAUCCUCUUUGCAUCUGGCAUGCUGGGGACGCAGGUCUCUGCCCCCAAGUCACUGCAGGCUCGGGCCAGAACACAGAGGGGGUCUCUCCUGCCACAGGCCAGCACCCAGGUGUUGCCAGCAGCAGCUUUAGCACUUGGGUACCCACUGCACAGGCCUCAGGGUGCACAGGGUGCAGGAGAGCUGGCGCUCCCCUCAGAGCAGUUUUCCCACCAGCAGCACAAGCUCCCAGCGCCCAGGUGGCUGCGGAGCAGGGACACACCGGUGUGUCAGCAGGUAAUGCCACCACACUGGCUCCUAGGCGAGGGUCCAGCUCCAACUUGGCCAAGCACAAGCCCUGAGCAAGCACUGUAGCUUUAGGAAUCCAUUGCACCCCAUUCCUGCCCAUUCCAGGGCACAAUCUGCAACAGGUGGGAACCAAGCGUUUAACCUGGCCAGACCUCACUAGAGCCUUAAGCCAUUUUGCUUAAAGACUUUCUAUGUCCCCGAGUAAUAAACGCCCCUUCUCUGCGGUCUGA